AUGCUAGUUUACCUUCAAGAUUUAUGCAAAAGUCGCGACGACAUUCAUUUUGCAGCUGCUAUAUUCAGUCCCAGUCAUUUUUUGGCAAAUAAUUGGACCAAGACUACUUCCUUUUGCUCUUGGUUUGGUGUCACUUGCACUCCAAAAACGCAAAGGGUUGUGGCCUUGGCUCUUCCUAAUUUGCAACUUCAAGGCAUAAUUUCCCCGUCUUUGGCCAAUCUGUCCUUCCUCAGUGUUCUCAAUCUCCAGAACAACAACUUCCGUGGUGGCAUCCCUUAUGGACUUGGCCACUUGCCUCGCUUGCGAGUGAUUGAUAUUCAAAACAAUCAGCUCAAUGGAAGUAUACCAACAAGUCUAUUUCAACACCGGAGAGUUCAAGUAAUUUCAUUGGCUUUCAAUGAACUCGGUGGUGAAAUGAGGAAAGGGCCAUGGUAUGUACCUGAACUCAGAGUCUUAAAUUUUGGUUACAAUAGCCUCACAGGUAUAAUCCCUCCUUCGGUUAGGAAUGCCACAAAAUUGAUGAACUUUGAUAUGUCUGGAAAUAGAAUCAAUGGUAACAUUCCAACUGAGAUCGGUUAUCUUAGCCAACUUACAGAGUUGUAUUUGUACAACAAUCAAUUAACAGGUUUCAUUCCCGCAACAUUGUUUAAUAUUUCGUCACUUCUUGUCCUAUCUCUUGGAAUCAAUAGCCUUUCCGGUCCUCUCUUGCUUUAUGAAGGAAAUAUUGUCUCAAAUCUCAAAUUUUUAAGUAUAUAUGAGAACCAAAUUUCUGGUUGCAUUCCUUCCAACAUCUGCCAACUCACAGAGCUCAAAGUUUUGUCCAUAUCUUACAACAACAUAACUGGACAGAUACCCAGAAAUAUUGGUUGUUUAUCCAAACUCGAGAUGUGUUUUAUUGGCCAUAAUCCAACAUAA